GCCUCUGUGGUACUCGCUAGAUGCGAAGCAUGGGCUCCACAUCGCUACCUAUAAAAGCGUCUUGCAAGGACUUUUUUCCAUGAUAAAUUCCACCAAGAACGCUGACGAUGGAGAUGACAAUGCCAAAGAUCACGAUGAAAGACCAGAAAUCCAUCACGCAAUCCCGAACACGUACCUGGUAUGCCCACUAGAGUUCGUCGUUGACAGAGCAGAGGAUAGUACCCAAGAAAGGACGUCUACACAUCCGUUGCACCGAGUAAAAGCAUCAUCAUGGGUUUUGACUGGAAAAUCUAUUGAAGGUUCUUGCGCCUCGCAUACGAUCCGUGAAUUCGAUAUCAGGCAGUUCAAGAAAGAUGCGGCUGAUUUCGAUGCAGCAUUUGAGACCGCGGUGUAUAAGCGUGUCCACGGUCCGCCUGGAUCGCAGUUUGCACGAGUGUUCAUGGGCCUCUCUACCGGAUACGACUCAGGUGCCAUUCAUCUCGCGCUUGGCAAACUACAGCGAGUGGAAGGCUUUCAGUUUCACCAGGAAGGCGACGGGAUAUACAGGCAAAUUCCAAGCAACACAGAAACAUCCCCUGAGUCUGACCUCGUAACAGACGGAAAGAUUACGACGGACUCAGCCGGCUUAGCGCGAGAAUCAAUGCAGUUGGUUGGUCGCAUCUUUCCGAAUUCCGUACGCGAGCGACUCCUAGGCGAUGACUUUCUAGCGUACGUCGUUGUUGACGGCCGCGAUCGCGAGGUCUUGGAGCAACGAAUUCACUACAAUAAUGUCAAAGUCAUUCCGGUUAGAAAAACUGUAUGAAAAUGAAAAGCGGGGAAAAUAAAUCAACAAUAAAGUGAAAAUCAUCUACUGAAUCACUCUGAUACAUCAAGUUCUUGCGUUACACCUACUUGUUAGCUCUAGUUGAAUCAUAUUAACCCGGCACUCCCAAAACAAAUUCUUCUCGUCUUCAAGAAUGAUGAAUGUCCCAACUCUUGUUCAACUACGUGGCGUGGUUUUCGCAACGAAGUGAAGGAGGUGAAGAGCAGGACGGAGCCCUAUCAGUAUUCCUCUGAAAAUUGGGCCGGGAAGACACUUCAAUUGGAUUACUCUGCAGCGCAAGGGAUUUCAAUGCUGACUCGACGUGGAAAGGACGAUGGCCGGAGAGUGUAUCUUUCUGGCAGCGGAGCUGAUGAGAUUAUCUCAGAUUACGGCUUCAACGGAACCCGAAUCUUUCCUCACAGUUGCUUUGGCGGUCUGUUCCCAGAUAUUAUGAUGGGUCUUGUUUUUACCGUGUUUUUCGCCUUGAGAAGAUCGAGUUCGUAUUAAUUUGAUUCAAGAACUAUAGCCCCGUAUACGUUGUAGCUCGUGCGAAGCACAUGCGACUGCAGAGCAUCAGAUUAAAUUUCAAGUCUUUACAUCCGCAUGCGGUGCCUCAGCCUCUGAUUGCGAUAUCCACUUUCAUAUCUUACCUGGCUGACGUCUUUCCCUGGCAGAGCUUUUUCCUUGGCACAAUGCGGGAUUAUUUGAUGAAGGACGAAAUUAUCGCUGGUUUUCAUGGUAUUGAAGGACGCUAUCCCUUUUUGGACUUCGAGGUAGUGCAGGAAUUCCUGUGGCUCACUCCGGAAGUGAAAAACAGCCAGUACAAGAGUGUGCUAGCUCGGUAUUUGCAAAAGCAUCAUUACCCCGUAGCACACGGUAAGGGCGGAUUUGGCGCUAACCAAGAUCUUCUCUUGUACCCGCCAGGCGGUGUCGCAACUGCAUUGCCUGUGCCAAAAGAGUAUACUCUUGCAGGCGACACCACGCUGAAAAGGUCUACUACUUCUAGUACUUAUUCUACAGAACAACGGCAUGAUCAUGGCCUUGUUGAAAAUAACAUCGCACUAAGUUCUUUUGAAGAAAUAGCACGCCUGCCAGUUUUAGACGAGAAUUUGCUGCCACGGGCGUCAGAGUGCCAGGAUAACAUGUACUUCGUGGCAUUACGGUCAAGACUGACAGCUCGAGUCGUGGAUGGCGAAGAGUUCGGAUGCAAAAACCCGAAUAUUAAGACGGACCGCGAAGGCCUUCGCUGCAUUCUUUACCAUGACUUGCAAGGCAUGCUCACGGCGCAUUUUGGACCAGCGCGAUUUGAACGAGAGUGCGGCAUUGGUCUAGCCGCAGCGCGCUUGAUGAAGACCGUUGAUGGUCCCAGUAUUUGUUCGCUGUUCGCUGAAGAUCACUUCAAUGACCUGCCGUGGAUCCUGCCGGAUUAUCCGGUGGCGGAUAUGGCGGACUUCGUCGACAGCGCAAGAGAAGAUCCUGCAUCAAUUUCUUCAGAUGAACUUCUUGUAGUAACUGACCCAAUCGUUGGAGUUCGCCUGUCACCUGGGCGCAGUUUCUUUUAUCCACUCGCGACCGCACAAGGUGUAGUAGAUCAUGCGAAACUUUGGCCGUGGUCGAAAUGGUGCUUAAGCGGUUUUCCUCUUUUUCGCAUACUGCAACGGCUUCCGGAACUCUAUGCUGCUCAGCCCCAGCCGCCUCCGCAGGCCCGUGCACUCUAUGAGCAGUUCACACGCAAAUUAGAGAGUCACCUUGCACUAGCGGAGGAGCACACACGACAGUCUAUGCAAACCUGGUGUGUUUCUUCAACUACAAGACAGGUGGAUCCUCUUUCGGCCGUCGACGAACAGGCAACGUCGACUACGAUGCUUAAAGUGGCAAGAAAGUCAGCUGUAUCUUCAGAGUCACCAUGCCGAGCAAACCUGGCGGGAUCUUUAUUGACCUUUGCAAACGAUUUUUCAUCGCACCUCGUCAGCGAGCUCAAAAAUAUGCACUACAGUCGCACAAUAAAAGAAGGAGAGCCUCCUUUUGGUGCAGAGACGAGUUCAGACGAAGACCUUAGGCACAGUAGCGCAGUCCUCAGCAUGAGCUUACGGCGCGCAGACGCGCGCUCUGGACGUACCACCGGUGAGGAUCUGCGCUUUGACUAUCAGAUGAUUGCAUCAGCAUUCAUGCAGAAUGAUCAGGAGGAAAGAACCGAAGUCGCCCUCACAGGUCGUGGUGUCAGUACGCAGUUCCUCGAGUACUUGCUGUCGAGAUUUUCCGUUUUGCAACCCCAAUCCUCGGGGAAAAGGGAAAACAAGGAGAGCCACGUAUUGAUUACCCCCGCGGCCGCCGUAGAGGAAUCACAGCCCAGCACACGACAACCUGUCGCCUUCGACCCUCUUUUUUUCCUCUAUUGGGCCGCGCAGCGGCAGGACCUGUGGGAAGCGUCAUCACUUUUAAUGGCGGUGGUUGAUGUAGUGGAGACAUUGUCAGAAAGUUGGCUCACUGAGCCGAGCGUUCGCAUGCUUAGCCAUGUAUGCAACAGGUUUCUCUACAUUAACUACUCUGACGGAACUUGGUGUGACGGAGAUGACUAAGGCAAAAAGGCCGACUUGUAGGUGCAUGUAGAGCACUUAGCUACAGCAAGUUCAAGUGAGUCCAAUUAACAGCAGCAUUGCUUCAAGAGACG